AUGCAACUGCUGCGAGCGCGGCCGGCGAACGACUCGCUCUCCGCCACCCCCAGCGCCCGACACGAGGCGACGGUUUCCCUCAUGAACAUGGCCUCCACCGCGGCGCCGGGCCCGGCGCCCCGGCCUGGGGCGCACGGCUCGGGUGCUCUGCCGCCAGAGGCCCCCCCGUUGGCCUUGGAGAUGCCUGCGGACACCGGCACAGAUCCCCCCUCGUCCGUGUCGCCGCGGACGCCCUCGCCCAUACUCGGCGCACCGAUGGGCGACGACACGUACACGCCGCAGGGCGGGCACCUGACGUUCCCCCAGGUCGGCCUCGGCCUCGGCACCAUGGAGCAGGAAAUGCAGAUGCUCAUGGACCUCGAGAACGUGGACGAGCUGGACGAAACCUCCCCCGCGGACGCCGAGGCCGCUGCGACCGAGCUCACGGAGCUCGUCGCGCAGCUCGGCUUGCAGGCGCCGGCGUCCGACGCGCCUCUGCGCGUGCCGUCUACCGACGACACAGCCGCGCGCGAGGAGGCGUGGGCGCAGCUCACGUACCAGCUGGCGCAGCGCCUGCAGCAGCAGACCGAGUCGCGCGAGCGCAUGCGCCACCUGCUGCGCGUGACGCGCCUCGCCUCCCUCUCCCUCUUUUCCAGUCUGCGGAUCUCCUACUCGCACAUGCUCCAGGCGGAGCGCGAUAUCAAGGCGCGGCUCGAGGUCGAGCUCUCCGGCUCCAAGACACAGUCCAAAAUGCUCAGCGAUAUGAUCUCGCGUGCCUCGCUGCAGACGCAGGAGGAGCGCACGCCGCGUGUCGCGCCGGCCACGCCUGGGAGCGCGACGGCCGACGAGGACGACGAGCGCACCAAGCUGCUUGCGGACAAGCGGUACCUUCGCCAGCGCGUGCGCGACACCGAAGCGCAAGUCGCGCGGCUUGAGACGGAGCUGCGCAGCCUGCGGCCCCUGCUGCUGCGUGCCAACCAUGCGGACGACGAGACCCUCGAUGCGCCGACGCACACGCCGCGCCGGACGCCGCGGCGCGCGCGGGGCGCGCGGCGCGAGGCGGUGAUGGGGGAUGCCACGUCCGAGCACCUGAUCCUCGCGACGCGCAUGCUGCGCACGCUGCGGCAGGCAGCGCGUCCCCCGAGCGAUGCGCCGGCGCGCUCUGGGCCGGACUCGCCGCAGACGCCGCGGCGUCCCGUGGACCCGUUUCCGACGACGCCCAAGCACACGCGGCGCGCGAACGACGGACCCAAUGGCAGUCCCUAUAUGCCGUCGUCUGUACGCAGCAUGCCUGCAUCGACGUACUCGAGCGGGCUGGACGAUCUCCUGCACGCUGCGCAGUCGCUCGCGCCAUCGAGUCCGCCGCACUCGCCAUGGACGCCCCAUGCGCCGUCGCUCGGCAGCCCCAAGCGCCGGCGCAUGUCGUCGAUGGACAUGGACGACGCGCCGCCCACGUCCGCGCUGGACGUGCUGGCGAACCAGGCGGCGAUUGAGCACACAGCCUCGCCGAUGGGCCUGCACCGCCGCACACACUCGGGCCCCCACAUCCUGCCGGGCUCCACGUCGUGGACGCCGGGGCCGCCGCUGCGCGCGCCAGCGUCCGCGUCGAAGGUCCGCGCUGCCGGCAGUGGUGCGAGUCCCGAAAAGCGCCUGCCAUACGUGCGCUGGAGCGCGGAGGAGGACGCGAAGCUGCGCCGGGCCAUCCACGAGCAUGGCCAGCGGUGGGAGCACGUGGCGCGAGCGGUCGGCACGCGCUCGUACCACCAGUGCCGUCAGCGGUACCUGCUGAUGCGGCGCAAGGAGGCCGCGGCGAAUGGCACCGCCUCGCCCAGCAGGGCGCCCCGCACGCCGCAGCGCAGUGCCGCGGACAAGGAGGCGACACUGCGCCCCAGCGAUCGCGGCGAGGAGAGCAGUGGCGGCGCGUCGUCGGAGAUGGAGGCGUCACACAGCCAGGUCCCGCCGCCCGCGGCCCACGCGCGCCCUGCGUCCGAGGCGCCUGCCGCGCCGGCGUGGGCGCCGACGCCGGGGCCGAUGCCAGGCCCCCUCUCGUGGACGCCGCAGCGGCCCGUCCUCCAUAGCUAG